GUCGUCGUCCUGCUGAUCAUCGUCGUGGUUGUAGCUUAGUGUUUGCCUCGGCGGCGUUCUUUCUCCCUUCGUGAUCGGCGUGCCCGCGCCUUUCCGUAGUGAUGCACCUGCGUAGAAGACCGUCUCGUCAGCCUCGAUGUCUUCGCGUACGAUCGCUCUUGUGGCCACUCUCGCACGACGACUUGGCCGCUGCGGCUCGGGCAUGUCGCGCUGAGACCGCCUCGCGUGAUCCGCCAGGACGAUCUUGAGCGUUCCGUCGAGGAUCGGAGUUGUCUGACCUGGGAGAUCCAGUGGUAACGCGUAGCUUUCGCGAUUUGACAGCGGUACCGGGCUGCGCCAAAUGUUCAUAUUCGCGCCGCGCGACACCAUGUCGACCUCCCGACAGGGCUCGGUCGCGCGACGGGGCCGUUUCGCCCGCUCGUCCACCACGACCAGCGUGACGCAAAUGCUGAGCGACUCCUGCACGAGCCUCCUACAGAAGUUGACGACGAAAGUACGCGGAACGUCCGCGCUCAACGACCGCGCCACGGCCGCGAGGCGAUCGCCCAUGGUCGGCCGACUUGGUAGCACGCGAACACGCUUAGAGAACAAGUACAGCACGAUUUUAGACAAGUAUUCCGGCAAGAGACACGCCGACAACUCGGAGCGAGGCGUCCGCGGUUAUUCGCGGAGGCAGGAGCGCGAUCACAGCUAUUACCACCGAGACGACAGUCCGUUUGUGCGCGACGACAAGACUCUGGAGCCCUCGAUGACUCGCACCAUCGUCAAGAGUCCCACCAGUGUGCUUCUCAGCGAGAAGGCUUAUCCUUACGUGAGCUCCGCGAUAAGCAGAGAACCCAGGCGCGAGAAGACGCCCGCCUACAGCCGCACAGCUCGGCAGACUUUACUCAACUCGGAAGCUUAUCGUCGCUACGGCAGACACAAGUCCGGACACGCGGAAACGCGCAGCCGGAAGGUGAGGCCGCAUCGAAACGGCAAGAGCGAGCAACUGGAAGCUCACUCUACGUCCCUGAGGUUGUCCCGACCAGUCAAGAUCGAACCGUUGACGUUUACGGUCGGCGAAGAGAUCACGGUCGAUCCGGACAAGACGCCAGUCGCCAGCAACAACGCGGAGAGCUUCGUCGGUGACGCCGCUCAGAAUGUUGUUACGCGGAACGCUUACGACGUGCUAGCCGAGGAUGCGGAUCCGGCGGUGUCGGACCGGGCGGCCAAGCGAAAGGAGAUCCAAAGUCUGAUCCUCAAGUACGCCGCCAUGGAGGACACCUACAGCCAGCUGGCGGCCGGUGGACAGGCGAGCGCGCGUCCCAGCACGACGGACCUCAUCGCCAGCAAGUACAGGAAGAGCAAUCACCAGCAAAACAACCAGAGUGACGACGCGUCCAAGGGCGCGGUAGUCCCGGGUAGCGCGAGCGCGAUUAACGAGGUGGAUAAGAUCCACGACGCGAUCAGCCCACGACCGCCCUCCGUCGAGGACGACGAAGACGGCCACCUUGUAUACCAAUCCGGCGACAUCCUGGCAAAUAGAUAUAAAGUACUGGCCACCCUAGGAGAGGGUACAUUUGGAAAAGUUGUCAAGGUUAAGGACUUGCAAAUGGAUCAUGUGAUGGCUCUGAAGAUUAUUAAAAACGUGGAGAAGUACAGGGAGGCAGCAAAGUUGGAGAUAAAUGCUCUUGAAAAGAUUGCUUUCAAGGAUCCGGACGGCCAGCAUCUAUGCGUGAAGAUGCUCGAUUGGUUCAAUUAUCACGGGCACAUGUGUAUCGCGUUCGAGAUGCUCGGUCUGAGUGUUUUCGACUUUCUGGUGAGUAUUCCGAGGGAUAACAGUUACCAGCCGUAUCCACUGGAACACGUCAGGCAUAUGGGCUAUCAGCUUUGUUACGCCGUAAAGUUUUUGCAUGACAACAAGCUCACGCACACGGAUCUUAAACCGGAGAACAUCUUAUUCGUCGACUCGGACUACGACAGCACGUAUAACAAUAAAAAGCUCUUUCUUUUCAAGCGGAGGGACAUGAGACGCGUCAAGCGAACCGACAUCAGACUUAUCGACUUUGGUAGCGCUACUUUCGACCACGAACAUCAUAGCACGAUCGUUAGCACGAGACAUUAUAGAGCACCCGAAGUCAUUUUAGAACUGGGCUGGUCUCAACCCUGCGACGUUUGGUCCAUUGGCUGCAUCUUGUUCGAGUUAUACCUGGGCAUUACGCUAUUCCAAACACAUGAUAACCGCGAGCACCUGGCAAUGAUGGAACGCAUACUUGGCACGAUACCACAUCGUAUGGCCCGCAAAACUAAGACCAAGUACUUCUAUCACGGCAAGCUGGAUUGGGACGACAAAAGUUCGGCCGGCAGAUAUGUACGAGAAAAUUGCAAGCCGCUACAUCGUUAUAUGCUGUCUGAUGAUGAGGAGCAUCGUCAACUGUUCGAUCUCAUACAAAGAAUGUUGGAGUACGAACCCGCGCAACGCAUUACUCUGAAGGAUGCGUUGAUCCAUACAUUUUUCGACACUUUACCGGCAUCUCAAAGAUUGCCUGACCCGCGGGCAGCGGGUGAUUCUCAACAAUCUCACGAACGAUCACAUUCACUCUCUCGAUGAAGCUAGGAAAGGGACCGACUUCCGUGCUGGACAGACACUCCACUUUCAACAACACUACUGCCCUACGUCUUCGUUCUGAUAUCAUUACUUUUCAUGAAAACAUGCUUCUUUCGUAACUGCGAAGUUCGAUGACGUGGCAAGAUAUGACACGAACAUUGACAUUUGAAAGCUAGUGCGUGCACAAGUGUAUAAAUAUCGAUCAUUGGAAUUUCUCAUUUAAUCCGUGCUCGAUUUAACUUGGAACUAUAUCUAGGAAUUACACGUAGAAAAAGCAGUAGUGCGGUGGUGCCGUGGAAUUUGGACUAAUUCGAAUAUAUUCUAUGACGAGCGAUUAGAUUUCUGACAUUUAUCAUCUGAUAAGAUCAGUGGUCUGCGUCUGAGUUUUCAUCGCAAUUGUCGAUCAUGAGGCAGCGACGAGGUCCCUGUUACUGGCGCGCAAAGUGUCGCCAGUGUGUCUGCUCAGUGUAGCGUAACAGAGUCCCACAAUUGUAAACAAUUUUUUAAAUGCUCUUCUGUACAUUUUUGUCCCUUAAAUUUAUUACCAUGUUAUUGUGCGAUAUAAACAAGUUUGGAGUAAAGAUCACUUUCGAGGUCCGCAAUUUAUAAUCUGUUCUAAAUUGACGACCGCGAACGUGUUCUGGCAGUAUCAGACUAGUGAUAAAGUGGAAGAUAGUUUUACUCGUACACGUCGAUAGAGACGACGGGAAUCGAGAAAAACGAGCGCGAAAGGGAAUGUGUGAUUAACGAUCACCAAUUCAUCGUUGUGAAUUAUAUACAUCUUGAAACGUAAGAAUACAUAAUUGUCUUAGAAAAUAUUCUCUCAAUGGUUCUUUUCUUUCGUUCGUUUCUGAUCUAUUGAGUCUGAAAAGAGAACUUGCGCAACUUCUUCAUGAUGUACUUCUUGCCGAUUUAGCCAACCGCCUUUAAAUUCUUGGCCUAAUUGAAGAAAAUUUUUUGCUGAUUCUGUAUUACUGUCUUAGAAAAAUUCAAAUUAAAAUGAUGACAUAUGCCGAGUGUUACGGAAAAUAAUUAUUGAACGUUAUGUAAAAAGGCACUCUCUACUUCUUUUUAUCACGGACAUAUUUAAUUUGCACAACUGUAUCACCCGUGUAACUUUUGUUUGACCUUAGUAUACUACAUCUAUGAAAUAAAGAAUAUAUCUACUGCUCAUCAAAUGAUCUGGAAAUGUCUACUGCAAAAAAGGAAACGAUAUUUCAAGUAGCAAUAAAUACAUUUCUUUCAA